AUGGGUACAGGUCACUGGGGGGCAGUGACAGCAGAUGACACAGUGCCGUGCGGGACGCCGGUGCUGUGGCGGGUGGUGGGGGGCUCUGCGGCGCUGCCGGGGCAGUGGCCGUGGCAGGUCAGCGUCACCUUCCGGGGGACACACGUGUGCGGGGGGGCCCUCAUCAGCCCCGCCUGGGUGCUCAGCGCCGCGCACUGCUUCCCGCCGGAGAACCCCCUCUCCGAGUACCGGGUGACAUUGGGGACCCUCCAUUUAUUGUCCCCCCCCCCCGGACGUCCAAGUGCGACCGCGGGGGGGGACUUGGCUUUAGCCCGCCUGGACCCCCCCGCGACCCCCAACCGCUUCGUGAGGCCCAUUUGUGUCCCCGAACCCGGGGAACGGUUCCCCCCCGGCACCAACUGCACCGUCACCGGCUGGGGGGACACCCGCAGCGCCGGGCCGCUGCCGCCCCCCAAGACGCUGCAGCAGGCGGCGGUGGCGCUGCUGAGCCGCCGGCGCUGCCGCUGCCUGUACGGGCCCGGCGCGGCGCUGAGCCGGGACACGCUCUGCGCGGGGCACCCGCGGGGGCUGCGCGAUGCCUGCCAG